AUGCAACAACUAAAGUAAAAAAUAAAGCCUCCCUUUUUAUUAGAUGGAGUAUGUGCUGCAAAAAGAGGAAAAGUACUUGAUUACAAAGCAGAAAAGGAUAGUCAUUUAGAAUAAUACUUUUUUAAUAUGUAGAUGAGAUAACAAAUGAUUAAAAUGAAACAAGAUAGAAUGAGUUAAAGAAAUUUAAUUCAUUAACAAUCAAAGUCCUUUGAAUAAACUAUUGUAAGGAUGAAUACAUAAAGUUUAGCAUCAAUCAAAUUAAAUUUAACUAUAAAAUUAACCCAGUUUGACACAACAUUAGAGUGCUACUAAAGUAUCAAACAAAUUAAAAGUUCCUAAAGUAUCAAGAUCCUUAUCUAAAGAACAUUUUGUAACAUUUCUUGAUUCUCUAAUUACAACAGUAUAGAAUGUUUAGCAGUUAGUAAUUACUUAUUUUCCACCUGAAAAAAUUGAUAAUCAAAUUUCUAAAUAACAAGAUCAAUUAAGAAAAAUAAGUUAGGCAACUGAAAAACUUAGUAAAUAAUUGCGUGAAAAUUCAUUACCAAAUAAAAAAGAAGUUGAAAAUAUAAAAACAUAAAAGAACUUUUCUAAAUUACCUUAAAUCAAGAAAGAUGAUCUUAAUAUAAAUAUUAGUAAAUCAGAUAGAGGAAGAGAUUUAACAUAAAAAACUAAUAUUUCUCCUAAAUUAAAUAAUAUAAAUCUAUCCAAAACUCUUGAAAAAAAAAAUAAAAUUGAAUUACAAGAAACAAACCAUCAUAAUUUUGGUUUUGAAUAAUAUGAAUCUGUCUAAAAUAAUACUACUAAAAAAACUAUAACAGAUAAACCUAUAGAUUAAAUAUAAAGUGAACGAGAUCCAGAUUCAUAACAUUAAAAAUUAUUAUAAAUAAGAUCUGGAUAAACUACAUAGUUACCAUCUGUCAGAAGUUCAUAAUAAAAAUCACUUUAUUAAUAUAAAAAAUAUCAUAAAGAAAUUUAAUUAGCAUUAACUAAACCAAAAUAACACAAAAAUUAUAAUAUUAACUAAUUAGUUUCAUAAUCUCCAGAAUAAUUUAAAAGUAAAAGUGUUGGCACUAGAGAUAUUUUAUAGAAAAGUUAAUCUAAAAAUUUAAAAAAAUUAGAUUUUUAAAAAAUUACAUCAAUCAAUAUUUCUAAAGUUGAAUAAAAUAAAUCUAAAAAAAAUCUCAAUUUUUAAAAUGAUUAAGCUAAAAUAUCAAAUACACCACCUAUUAUUAUAAAAAUUACAGAUUUUGACUAAUAAAUUAUUGUUGAACCUCCUAAGAAUUAAGUUUAAUUAGAAGUAGUUGAAGAUGUUGUUUAGAAUUUUUCAAAUAAUUCUGAGCACUUUUUAAUCGAAUAAGAUUAAGAUCUGCCUAAAACUUAAGAUGAAGAUAAAUCUAAGUUAAAUGGAACUGCAUUUUUUAAAUAAGUAGAGGAAGAGGAAAGAAAAGAAUCAAUUGGUAAGAUGAUAGAAAGCAAUGAAAUAUCACAAUUUCAUAUUAAUAAAGAGGAUUCUAAAAAAUAAUUAAACAAUGAUUAAAAAUAAAAUGACAAUAUAUUCAUAACAAUGAUUCAAAAUUAAGUUAUUGAAAAUGAUUUGAAAAUGUUAAAAUAAUAAUAAACCAAUUAUAAUACAUUGAAUGAAAAUGAUGUACAAAAGGAUAGCGAAGCAUUAAUAAAAUUGGCAGAAUCUUUAGAUCCAUUAAGUGAUAAUGAUAUUGUAAAUCCACUUGAAAACAGUGAUGAUGAAUUAAGAUAAAAUUAAGGAAGUUUACUCAUAUAAAAUUUAAUGCAAAAUAGUUAAUAAGUAAUUGAAAACAAGAACUCAAACUUUGAAUAUGAAUAAUGA